AUGGCCAAGCGCGGAGACCGAUCGACGAUUGCCGCGUACAUUGAACGCUUCCGCGGCCCGGCAACGUCGCGGCAAGAGAGAGCGCGCUCGAGAGAUGCGUCCAAGCGCGAGUUCUGGUGGAUCGCCGACGAGAAGGAGGGCGAGGAGCAUCGGCUCGAAGCCAUCGCCGACGCUGCGUCGCCAUCAAGAGCUAGCGAGUUGGCCAGCCACAUGGAGACCGACGACGAUCUUGAAGAAGAAGAGCCAGCAGAAGAUCAACGCCAAGAGCACUCGGUGGUUUUUUCCGAGCCACCGAGCCCACCAGCGUCGCCAGCCGCGAGCGACAAGACGCUGCACGACGACAGCAGGAGCCUAGGCCAAGGCGAGCACGAGGACAAGGCGCCAUAUAACGAGCAGGAAGAGAAAGCAUCGUACGCCGAGCAAGACCCAUGGGCUAGCCUGUCGCCGCUCUCAUCUCCAAAGCACGACGACAGCAUGUCGCUCAGCAGCCGCCGCGACGACCUCGAAGCCAUCUCUGUUGCGAGCAGCUUGACAGACACAGUGGGGCCGCAGUGGUACGUGCGUCCAGAAGAGGUACUGAUCGAAGACCCAGAAGUAACGAUCCAGCGUCUGCGGCAACGGCUCGGGCUAUCGAGCUUUGACCCUGCGCGUCAGCAGGUAGAGUGGAACGCUCCGCUCACGUUCCCCGACUGGAGCCAGGCCAUCGACGACUACAUGCAGCUCGACGCUCCCGAGCCGACGGUCUUGCCGUCCUCCACUUGCUUGCACGUCGUCGAUCCUUUUGUCAAAGAGCCGCAGCGUCCCCCAGGUCGCCUCUGGGUUCGCCUCGGGUCCGGUCACUUGACACUCCACACGGCCUCGAUGCACCGACGCCGACUCGAGAAGACGUAGAAGACGCGAUCGAGACCAGCCAGCAAGUCGCACACCACGUGAUCGAGAUCGACCAGCAAGUAGCACCCGACACGGCGUCGAUUGUGCCCCUUGUCUCUCCGCGGGAGCUGCCAACGAGCUCGAUCGCGCCACUCACUGAUGC